GUUGGCAUUUAUCUAGCAGCAAAAAUAUCUACGUAGUAGUUGUAUUAAGAUGUGAAUAUUAAACCCAGAGAAAUUAGAAAUGUUAAGACUUGUGCAGAUGAUGAUAGCUUACUCCUCAUCUUCUUCUUCUUCUUUCUUCCUCGCAAAUCGAAUUAAAUUUCCUCAACCAAGAUUUCCCAUAAUCUCAUUGUCGAAUUCUACUUCCAUUUUAUCAACUUCGAAGAUUCACUGUCUCAAAUCUUUUCGGAUGUCAUCAACUCGGAGCGACUCAAAUUUAACUGCUUCUUCCUCUUCUUCAUCCUCCGAUUCUUUGAUUUCUUCGGGAAAUGUCCGUAAAGUCAAUUUUUGUCAGUGGUGUGGAGGCUCAACAAAGCAUGAUAUACCUGAUGGGGAUGAGAAGAUGAGAGCAAUUUGCACUGUUUGUGGAAAAAUUGCCUAUCAGAAUCCUAAAAUGGUUGUGGGGUGCCUCAUUGAGCAUGAGAAUAAGAUCCUACUUUGCAAGCGGAAUAUUCAACCUUCUUAUGGUCGGUGGACUCUUCCUGCUGGUUUCAUGGAAAUGGGUGAGUCUGCUGCAGAAGGUGCUAUUAGGGAGACCCAAGAAGAAGCAGGUGCUGAAGUUGAAGUUUUGUCACCAUUUGCUCAAUUAGACAUUCCACUCAUUGGUCAGACCUACAUCAUAUUUUUGGCCAAGCUGAAGAAGCCACAUUUUUCCCCUGGUCCUGAAUCAAUCGAGUGCAAACUAUUUGAACUUGAUGAAAUACCUUUUGAUUCUUUGGCAUUUUCAUCAAUGCUUGUUACUCUUAAACUGUACAUAGAAGAUAUGAGAGCUGGCAAACCCAAGUUCCAUUAUGGUACAAUUAAUAAAAGACCUGGAACCAGCCCUUCUGAUAUACAUGCCUUCACUCUUGAUUAUCAUCUACAGUCGUGACAUUAAGGGUAGUGAUAUCUGAAACUAUGUGAAGCAGUGAAGCUCAAGUACCUUGACUUGUUACUCAUCUGGAUAUAUGUGUUAGUCAUUUGGAACAAUCAAGUCCUCCCUUUUCUUCAUAGGGAAGUCUGUAAUUAGAUUUUACCUGUUUCCUCACAGUAAAGACAGAUGUACACUGCAGCUUAGUCAUAAACUCUUUGGCAGAGAUUACCAGUCAGCAAUUCUGGCGCUCUAAUUGAUUUAUGGCUAGGGCGUGAUUCUUUACAAUCACUCAUUAAGUGUAGACUUCUCAAAGUUGUUUCAAUCGUUUGUGAUUCUGAUAGAUUGAUAGACAUUGGAUAGGUGUUCUUUUGGGAUGCUAAUUCAUUCCUCAAGUAAGUUCUUCACUAGAACUGAUACUAUCAUCUUGUACAUGUAAAUAUGUAAUAUACCAUUGUCCGCGAAGAUUAUGGAGAUUUUGGUGGUUUGAAUUUUAUGUAUUACAUCAUUGGGCUAGUAACACUGCCAAGUCAAUUGAUGGCUCCAUUUGGCGGAUAAGAAAAUGUCUUCUACUGAAAAACACGGCUAAAGAUCAAUAGAAGGCGACUACCAAUGUAGUGGCAAUGGUCAGAAAGAGGUUGGAGAUUGCAUAUCAAAGAGACAAGUUACGCAAUCUGAAAGAAACACUUUGAUGGUUGCUUUGUGAAGAAUCUGAAAAAUACUCUAAAAUUAAUUAGCUUUGUUUUUUAAGGUUUGGUGUAGUAUGGAAUAGAGUGAGAGAUGCAAAGAAAUGACAUCGAUUAUUUGAUUA